AUGACUCAGAGUAAAGUCCCAAGGAUUCUUGCGUUCGUAGUUUUAGCAGUGCUAUCAAAUGUUGAGAUUAAUGUCUUUGGGGAGAUAGGCGAUAACAGUAUGAGAGAAUAUUUAUCUAGAGAAGAAGCUUAAAGUAUCUGCGUGAUAAUGUUCUUUGCUUUUGGCAUCUACAAUAUUGCCUCUAUUGUGGUUAAAAGAAUUAGCAAAAAGAUAACCAAAAAGAAACUGAAAUCCAAGUAAAGCAAAAAUGAAGAUAUAGAAUAAGAAGUAGAGGAUAACAAAGAGCAGAUGUUCUUGAACACAAGUGUAAGAACUACAGACUACAAGGAAAAAAUGUACUAGCUAGGACUAAAUGAUAAAUCAGAAUAGUUAUAUAAUCUAGCGGAACCUUUACUUACUCCAACAAAACAAGAAAUGAUAAAAAUACAAAUGAGAGUUUAUAGAAAAAGAAAAUAGCCAAAGACUAGUUCACAAAUGCUCAAGUAUAUAUUCAAGCUGAUAACUCAUCACUUAUGCUUAUCUCAGAUGAUGCUUACGAUAAUAGUGCUAUCAAGCAUAUAUGGAAGCGGUCCAAUUGUUAAGGGUGCUUUUGGUGGCUAUAUGCUGAUUAUUUUAAUGGGUGUUAUGGCUGGCAGAUUUUUGAUUGAUAGCAUGAGUUAGUCUAGAGUCAAAGCCAUAUCAGGAUUAUUGUUUUUAAGCAUAGGCCUUUUUGAAUUUUGUGUAAACUUUCUAGAUUAUUGA